AUGUGGGAUGCUCGCACCCCGUUCCUUGCAGGCGAAGUGGCAAUCUGUGGCCAGGCACCUCUUUCCAUGUUUGCUAGUGUUCUUCUGCCCUUGGCGGUGGCGGCCGAGGGCUCGGCAGGAGCAGGCGCCACAUGCAGAAGGCCGGAGACGGAGGCGGCUUGUGCCGGAGCUCCCGGAGGCGCAGUGAAAGCGUGCAAGCACCACAUGCCUGUGCGACUGCGACGACUGAUGCGACGGAAGCCUUGGCACAAGCGGGCCUUCUUGGAUUUGGCAGAGCUGCUGCAACGCCGGCUUCGCCAGCACCGGAGUGACAACAAGUCCAACAAGUGGCGACGUGAAGCUGCUGCUGCUUGCAAGAGACACCUGGAGAUCGCAGAAGCUCGGAAGCGGAAGAUGCCUCAUCUCACGGAGAGGACUCUUCGCGUUGACUUAGCCAAGCACUUGCUCUGUGUGAUCGAGCAACAGACGCCAGCUGAAAUCGCAGCAACCUACGUUACAAGCCUCUUCGACCACUACGCAGACUGCUUUGAUGCGAGCCUGGAGUCCUUGAGUUAUCAAGUUCCUCAGCUGCUUGUACAGGCGAUUCGGUGGAGUCAAGAGGAGCCCUGCCAUCUGCGGCGUAUCUUGGAUCUGGGAGCCGGCACGGGGAACAUGGGAGAGCAGCUCCGGGACCUCUCCCCACGUGCACACCUUCAGGCGGUGGACCUAUCAGCCCAGAUGCUGCAGAAGGCGGAGGCUAAAAGCUGCUACGACGAACUGCACUGUUCAGACCUGGCUGAGCACCUGAUGGCCUCUGAAAGGUCUGGCUUGCUCUUCGAUUUAAUUACCGCAGCGGAUGUAUUCGGAUACGUUACCGACCUUUCCGCUAUCUUUCGUCUUGUUUUCCAGAAUCUCGAGAGUGGUGGACUCUUCGUCUUCUCAACAGAGGAGCCAACGCAGCCGGAGGAGCCGGAGGAUCCAGAGGAGCCGGAGCCGGAUGUGUCUUUGGGCUACAAGCUGCAGGCCUCAGGCCGCGUUGCCCACAGCCACUCCUACAUCUUGUCGCUCGUGCAUGACUGCAAAUUCCAGGUUCUCCGGGACACGAGAUGUGAGCUUCGCUUUGAAGAUGGUCACCCGGUCCUGGGUCGCGUUUUUUCCCUGACCAAAAGCCCCAGCGCGCAGAGGCAGUGCCCGAGCCAGCACGAGGGACGAGCAGGUUGA